AUUCCUAUCAUCUGUGAUCUCAUCGCAUAUAACAGAUGGUGAAUCCCCUCAGAAUCUCAUUUAAUUAUAGAAGACACCAGAGGCGAGACACUGAUUUACUUGACCACGUUUGAAAAUACAAAAAACGACCCGAGACCACUACCCAGAAAGACAAGCACAAUUUCUGAGCAGAGGGUACAGUGAAUCCAUCGUGCAUCCAACCCUGGAUUAGCAUGAGCGGGCAAUCUGAUAGCUCUCCGCCCAUUUUGAUUGAUGAGGAGAUUCUGCAGAAGGCCGUUCUAGAGCAAACUCUUCAAGAUCAGGCUAGACGUAUUGCCAAGGCGGAGGGAAUACACUUUGAUGAAGUCCUCCAAAUAUGCCUGGAGUACAAAAACAUCGUGAAGAUUGACCACUUAUGGGACUUCACCUCCUUGACCAGGCUUGAUUUGAACAACAACAUCAUAGAGAGGAUGGAGGGCCUGGACAGUCUAAUGAAUCUGACUUGGCUGAAUCUGUCAUUUAACAGGAUUGAGAAAAUUGAGGGUCUGGAGUCUCUGCAGAGGCUUGAAUUGUUGAAUUUGUCCAGCAACAGAAUCUCUGUCAUUGAAAACAUGGAUGGACUCGAGAAACUCUCUAAUUUCUGCAUCGCAAACAACCUCCUUGAACAGUUGGAUAAUGUGCUCUACCUCAGGAAAUUCAAGAAUUUGUUCACCCUCAACCUAUUUGGAAAUCCUGUCUCUAAGGAGAAUUACACGUUUUUCAUUGCUGCCUAUUUUCCAAACUUGACGUGCCUAGACUACAGGUUACUUAAUGACAAGACAAAAAACGAAGCAGCUGUAAAAUACCACUAUGUCAUUGAGGAAUUGAGACAUAAUGAGCUGAAGACACAACAAGCUGAUGAUGCUGAGCAAAGCCGAAAAGCUGAACUCCAGUUACACACGGAUGCCUUUGUGGAGUUCCUCAAUGGAGCUCAUCUGUUUGACAGCAUGUUCAACGAUGAUCCAGAGGCAGAGACCAUACAAUCCGUGACAGGAGUGGAUCAUCUACUUCAAACAUUCGAGCACAAAAUGGUGGAACUUUGUAUGAAGUUAUUUGAAAUAGGCUUAGUUGAGCAUGAACGGAGAGAGACAGAGGUGAACUCCUUCUUCAUCUGUCAGACGGGGGCUGUGACAGACCACGAGCUGAAAUUAUCGCAGAUUCUGGCAGAAUUUGAGCAGCAACUACAAGAGAGGAUAGUGGAGUUGCACCAGUUAUCUGACCCCGACGAACUGAAGGUGAAGCUCAGCCAGUACAACAAUGACAUCAGUCAGCUCUGUAACAGCCUCAUGUCACUGGAGUAUCAUCUGGUCAGCCAGCUGGAGGACAUCAACGAAAAGUUGGACAUCAACAUCUCAGUCAUGGUUAGCAACUUCGCUGAAACUGUCCAAGGGGUAUUUGCCCAAUGUCGAGAUCUGGAGGAUGUUUAUAAUAAGAACAUUCGGGAGAUUGCUGAUGCAACUCUGGAGAAAGUGGCCAUGGAAAGCCCUGAAGAUGACAUGCCAGAAGAAGUUAAAGUGCUGUUUUCAGAAAAAGAUCCUGUAAUGGAUGCACUGGUCACCGGCCACGAUAACCACCUGCUGAAGAUCAGUGACCGAGAGACUCAGUUGGUUGCACGAGUCAGUGCCUGGAAAGUGUCCCUCAUUAAAGAGAUUCGAGACAACGAACUUAAGCGGAACUGCCUGGGCAUCAAAGACAUCCUUAGAUAUGUGGACCACGCGCGGGGGCAGCUGGAGGAGUUCCAGUAGACAAACAUUCAUUUUAAUUCAUUUAUAAAAAUGGAACGGCACUUUUUCAUAACCUUCCGGUGUGUACCAGUAAAAAUAUUCACCAGCUGUUUUCUGUAUUCGCUCCUUAAUCAAUAACAGACUUAGUAUUUGUUUCCUGUUUUGAGAUCAUGAAUAAACGUGGAUAACCAUUA